AUGUGGCCAGAUGCUAGUCGCAUUGUCAAGACCAGUGCAAGCAGGGAUCCGCUGGUCGGACUCAUAACAAAACUGUGCUACAACGCUGGAAUGGUGUCAUCGGUAUUGUACCUGCUGCUCAUUGCCAUAAUACAACCUUGUAUUUCGCGACAGAUCGACCAAAGGCGGGAGCUGAACGUUACUGCACUACUGAGACUGAGGAGAGCAGUAUCUUAUCUGUGUAGCAAACUCAAAACUACUAACGUUUCGGUUUUUGGAUUUAACGACAACGGGGCCACGGUAGAAAGAUGUACACAAACCUCGUCUACUUCUGACAGCGAGCAGAAUCUUGGUGGUGACAUGUUUGAAGCGAGUCUCAGUGAGGCAGUGAAGAAGGACUACUGGAAUUUGGCCAACAUGAAAUUGAAGCACAUCAGUUUUGAUGUAAGUCAGUAUAAUGCAAGAAUGGGGGAACGUUCCCCACCAAGGGAACAACUUCAAUUUGAGAUCAAGUCUGUAAAAAACCAGGUAUCCCUUUGUGACGAAUCCAAAGAGAUUAAGAAGAAAACAGAUCGCAUCACUGAUAAUAUCAGAGAAAUUAAGGGCUGGUUCGUCAAUGGUAAGAUAUCGUAA